UAUCCGACGAAUGUGCCACAAGAACCGCCCGUGACAACAAGCAACACCGCACCAGACACAGGAGCUUGCUACAAAAUAACAUCAACAAUCAACAGAGAAACGGUACAACUAUUGCAGAGACUCUCUCUAGUUGAUCUCGACACCGAGGAAGCCCUACGAACUCUCCACGAUUCCAUUACGUUCGCCUCACGCAUUUUGCCCAUCAACACAGACGGCGUUGAACCGCUGGUGUCGGUGCUAGAAAAGGAACAAUUAAGCCUUCGUGAAGACAUAAUUGACGAUGGCAAUCAGCAAGAACACGUGCUACGAAAUGCGUCCAUUACGGAAGAAGAAUACUUCAUUGCUCCACCAGGCAAUAUCCCACUAGAAUGGCAACCAAACAGAAACGAGCCGUGAA